AUGGAGAUCUUGUCACAAAUUCGGCUGUCGCAUGCGGACCAUUUGCGACGGCUCGCGCUUAAAAAGAAAUCGGAUAAUCUCUGCCGUUUAGCAGCUAUACUGGAUAGAGCUGAACCAAUAUUGGAACGACUUGAGCAGUGGUUUUUAUCAAACCUGCAUAACUAUACACCACAAGAACAACUUGUCGGUCACGAAUCUAUGAUUGACACGCAACAAGUGGAAGAAUACGUUAUUGCGAAUGACGAUCAAGGUGAAGCCAUCGAACUUCGUUCUGGUUGUGAAAUCGUUUAUGGAAAUGCCAAUGAGUAUGGUGAAUGA